AUGGGCCUCAUGUGCAUAGCUUCAAAACCUCCGUCUCGAGGCAAUCUGACUGAGUGUGAUCGGCUGCCUGGGGCAUCUCAUUUUAAUUAUAAACUGGCCUCAUCCGACGAUUUCCGAAAGACAACGCAAGCCCACGGACGACUCCGUCUCAGGUGCAUCGCACACGGCUCAGCCGUCAAGAGACACUCUGCGACAAACCCCACGACCCGUUCUCAAGCCGUUCCAAGAUUUCCAAGACGUAUCCAGAUGGAACUGCACCUUGAUAAAUGA